AUGGAGGCGUCGCGUCGCGUGCUGGCAGCCGUGCGGGGAUCACGGGCGGGGCUGUCGCGCGGGGCGCGGGAGCGACUGGGAUACGGUGGCGCGCUGAACCUUGCCGCAUUGCCACUUACUGGUCCCACUCUCCUCCCUAUCCGUCUGCCUUCUCCCUCUUCCGCAUUGCCUUCUCUUCUCUUACUGAUCAUUCGCACUCUGCUGCAGGAGCUAUCGCCUCUCCUCUCAGCCUCCUGCCGUGCCUUUCCAAACCAUCAACACCAUCACCAACAACAUUGCUCUCACCAUCAUCCACCCCAGCAGUCAUCCCCCCUCCCACACCCGCUCCCCCCCUCCUCCACCUCUGCUGUUCCCCCCACCGCCUCCCCUCCACCCGCCUUCUCGCCUGCCCCCAACCCCUCCUCGCCCUACACCCCCCACGCUCCCGCUCACCUCUUGCCGCUGUGCGAUGCGGCGGUGGCAGCGGCAGCAGGGGACGUGGGCGUGGUGGAGAUGGGCGGGGCGUGCUACCUGGUGCGCGUCACUGCACUGCACUGCCUGGCUGCACAGGCAGAGCGAGGGACACACACUGGUGCAUUGGGGGCGCGGCCAUUGUCGCCACUGCCAGUGCGGCUGCCACCAGUGCACGAUGAGGGCAAAGCGCCAAGCGUGGCAGCAUGCACGGCACUGGGUGGCCUCUUACCCGUGCUGCCGCACAUGCCGCCGCUGCUGCUUGCAUGCCGCAAUGCGUCUCUGCAGGAGGUGCCACCCGCUGACGCCCAGGCAACUCUCACCCACCUCCUCUCAUUCGUCCUCAACCUCCUUGCCCCACCCAUAGCUCUCGCCACCACACCCACACACCCCUCUCACCAACCGCCGCUGCAGCAGCAGCAGGGUGCGUGGGAAACAGCAGCAGCAGCGGCGGCAGAGGAGGGGAGAGGAGGAAACGAGAGGGUGGGGGAACCAGGGGGUGGGGAGCGUGCAGAUGAUGAUGGGUUUGUACGAGUCGGCAAGCCCAGGAGAAAGGCCAGGCGAUGGCAGCAGCAGCAGCACCAGCAGCAGCAGCAGCAGCAGCAGCAGCAGCAGGAACAGGAGAGGUUGCAUGGGGAUAAUGGAUGUUGUAGCAGAACAGGAGGAGUUGGGGAGGAUGGAGAAUGCAGGGGCAGUAAUUGUGGUGUUGGGAGGGCGACAGGGGGCGGCAGAGGAGCAGUGGUGGUGAUGCAGGGUGAUGCGGCGUUGAGGGCAUGCCAUGUGGCCCUGCCCACUGUUAAUGGCUGGCUGUUGGGUUACCCCGUGGUGUAUCUGCUGCCCGCCCUGCACUCCUCACCUCAGCCGUUCCCGUCAGAGCAGCCAGCAGUGCCGCCCGGUGAAGCCAUGGCUCGCUGCCUUGCUGCCACACCGCUCUCCGUGCUCUCUGUCUCCGCUGCCUGCAGUGCAGGGGAAAAAGGCAUCGAAGGGUCAAGGCCGCAUGAUUCACAGCAGCAUGGCUCCCUCCUUCCCACCAACACCCACACACACGAGCUUCUCAGGUUCUCCGUCCCAUCCUUCUUGCUGUCUGCUCCAGACUCACCACCCCCACACCUGCACCACCCCUGGCUGCACUCACUCCUCACAGCCCUCCAAUCAAGAGUCGCCAGCUGUCCCAGUGCACGAGAUGGAGCGCCUAACGAGGUAGUUGAAUCGGAGGAUGGCAGGAGGGACAGUGGGGGAAGUGGGGGCAGUGAAGGCAAUACCCUGGGAGUGCCGAAUGGCAGUGUGGGGGGUGCUGCUGCUGCUGCUGCUGCAUCAUGCAGCGUGCAAGAAGAAAGGAUGACCACGAGCUGUUGUACUGGGGCUAUCGUGUGCCAGGCGUGGCAUGAGAAGCAGCAGGAGGCUCGCGCUGGGAAGAGGCACAGCAGUGCCUGGUGGUGCUGGGAGCAGCUGAGAGUGGCUGUAAAUCCUGCUGAGACAUCGGCAGUAGUUUUGUAG